AUGGAGUUUAAUAGCUAACUCUAUGGAUGUAUUAGCAGAUGUUUACAUCCAAUAUCCAAUCAAAAAUUCUAUAAAUUGUCUUACCACCUUCAAUUUCAGAACUUAAUUUUGUCAGAUGCUACUUCAAUGUUACAAAUGAAAAUGAAAAAGUAUUUCGAAUUUGAAAUCUUACUCCAAGACUUAAAACUCUAUCAUUUUAAGAUUGUGUAUUCAACAGUCAAGAGCAAAUUCAUGAUCUAUUAGCUAAUUCAAGUGUACACAAUCUCAAGGUCAUCAACUGCUAAAAGAUAAACUUGA